AUGGCACUGGAGCACAUGGCACCGACUUUGGAGGAGCUGGCGCUGACCACGGACAUGGAUGGAUACAGCUGCAUGCCAGGUGUGGAGACAAACCUGGGCGAGCUUUUGACCACAGCUGCUUUGGCAAAGCCCCAAGGCAUAUGCUUAGAGACGCAGGAAGGCUGCUACACUUUUAUUCAGGUGGCUCAGAUGGCAGAUGCAAUCCGCAAAGUCCUGCGAAAAGCUUUGCAAAGCCUGGAAUUGCCGACGUUGGGAGCUAUUGAUCUCAGCUCACCGGAUGCACACAGCCGGCGAGCCGAUGAGCACGUGGUCACUAUCGUGCUGGAGCGAGGUCACCAGAGCAUCGCAGCUGUACAUGCCGUGAUGCUGGAGGGUUGUGCCUACAACGCCUUCGACGCGGGGGAGCCGGUUGAGAAGCUGCGGAGCUGGGUUGAGGUGUCGCAGCCUCCUAUCAUGAUCUCGAACGAAUCGACGAUGCGGCGGCUGAACAUCACAAAUGUGGCAGCGACCCUGGGCGGGUUCCCGCGCAUCGUGCUGGACGUGGACCUUGCUCUGAAGAGGGCAAACAGCACGGCCCUUCCCUUGCGGCCAGCCCACGCUCCAAAGGACCUGGACAGGUUAGCCUACUUGAUCUUCACCAGCGGCUCCACGGGCAAGCCGAAAGCAGUCAUGAUCCGACACAAGAGCGCCCUGAACGUUGUGCGCAUUUGGGGCAGGUAUGUGGGUCUGAACGAGCAAGAUCGCUUCGCACAGGUUGCCUCCAUGUCCUGGGAUGUUCACGUCAUCGAGGUCUACGGCACUAUGGCCGCCAGGGCCACCAGUGUGACCUGCCCGGAUCUCGUGAAGAAGAGCGGUCCGGACAUGCAAACUUGGCUGAAGGAGAAGCAGAUCUCCGGAAUGAGCGUCGUGCCCUCGCACCUGCGCACCAUGGCGGGCGGAGGAGCCAAAGAUGUGUCCAGAACAGCCGCUGGGCUGCCCGAUUUACGCAUCCUGGAUGUUGGGGGUGAGGCCUUGGGCGCCGACGUCGUAGACACCUGGGCGCCUGGGCGCCGGCUCUUCAACAGCUAUGGGCCUUCAGAGAUUUCGGUAGUUUGCACCGGAGGGUAUGUCCAAAGCGGCGAUGCGAUCACAAUUGGAGCACAACUGCCCACCUAUGACUGCUAUAUCCUGGACCCAGAGACAAUGGAGGUGAAGCCUGAAGGCGAGCGAGGUGUCCUCUUCGUGGGAGGCAUUGGCUUGGCCCGCGGAUAUCUGGAAGAGGAAGAGAAGACAAAACAGAAGUUCAUCGAGCUGCCUGGCAUUGGCCGCGUCUACAACACCGGAGACCUUGCUUCGCGUGCCGGUGACGGCCGCAUCCACUACCACGGACGAGUGGACUGGCAGGUAAAGGUUCGCGGCAUCCGGAUUGAACUGGAAGCCCUAGAGCAGGCGAUCACCGAGCUGCCUGCAGUGAAGCAUUGCGAGGCGCGCGUCUUGGACGGCGGUCAGCGCCUGGUUCUGCUGGCCUCUGGUUCAGUGGAGCUUUCAGAGGCGGAGCUCAAGGCGACGGCUGCAGCGCUGGGCCGCGGUUAUGUGCUGAGCCAGGUGAAGAUAGUAGAGAACGACGCCUGGAAGUUCAACACCUCCGGCAAGCUCCUGCGCAACGCCGUGCCACUGGAUGCGGCCGCGGAGGAAGUGACGAAGGAUGCUUGGGAGAGCUUCGUGAAGGAAGGCGCCACCGAGCUGGAGAGGGAGAUUGCCGCCUGCCUGGCACCCCAGCUCAGCAAUGUGGAGCAGUGGGACUGCAACUCUCACUUCAUGGAGGACCUGGGCGUGGAUUCUGGAGGCUUCGGGCGUCUCAUUUCCCAGAUGCGUGCGAGGCCUUCAUUGCAGCAGGUGGAUUUGCAGCUGCUUUUCGAGCACCCUACAGUGCGGUCGCUGGCCGCUGCGCUGGCUCUGUCGGGCGACGACUCCGACUCGGACCACGAAGGUGGCGCUGAGAUUGCUGAGGGCUUGGUGCAUGACUUCAUGGCCCGCUUGGAGGAAAUGCCCCAUGUGAUCUGCACCGAGUCUGGCUGCCAAAGCAUCAGCUACCAUCAGUUGUCUAAACUGUCAGCUUCGUACCAGCAGCUGCUUCAUCAGAUGAAGCAUGAGCCAUCUGGGUGCGUGGCCAUCUGCUUGGAGCUUCCUGGGAGGCUUGCGGCUAUGCUGGCUGCAGCCAGAGAGGGCCGCACUUUCUGCAUCUUAGAUUCAAGGAGCAGUGACCUCUCCUUGCUGGAGCAGCUCCGUGUGGCGAAGCCGCAGGUGCUGUUGGCAAGAAGGGCGGAGAUGGCGGAGGCCCGAUGGACAUGCCUGGAGCAGCACUGCAAGCUUGCCAACGUCAUUUGCGUGGAUGUAAGCUCCCCCUCCCUCCAGUCGAAGACGCUGAAGCAGCGAGCCUCGGCGCAAGUUGCCUGCAUCGCCUUCGAGGAGACCAGCGACGGGCUCCGAGCGUUGCCUGCAUCCGAAGCCUUGCUGCAGCAGGCCGCCGCGUCGUGGCGGCUGCAUGUGGACGGCACGACCCGCGUGCUCUGCAGCCUGAAAGCGGGCAGCGUCGGAGGUUUGGGAGUAGCCUGGGCUUGCCUGACAGCCGGAGCCACGCUUCUGGCUCCCUCGGACCAGCUCUUGCAGAAGGUCUGCGUGAGCCGUGCCACGAUGCUGGUCUGCGAGCCGGAAGACUUGGAGACCUUUGCCAGGUUGGAAGCCGGGCACGCUCGGCCAGAGACGUUGUCUGCCGUGUGCAUGCAGGACCUGGGCGCCGAGAUGCCGGCGCUCCGCUGGGCACCCAGCCAUCUCUGCGUGAUGCGCGUCGGAACGGCCUGGACCACUGCGGCGCCCAGCGUGGCUCCCAGCGUGGCUCCCAUGGCUCCCGAGCUCCGGCGCGGGGCCUCGAUGGAGAGUGCAGCAUCGCGGGCCUGGCGAGCCGCUGGCUCUUCGCUGUCCAUUGCCUCAACUCUGGCUGGCUACGUCCUGGGGCAGACUGCAGAAGAGCCUGGGGACGACUUCGGACCCAGCGCCUGGCCGGUGCUCUGCGCGACAGUGCAAGGGGCUGCAAUUCUUGCACAGCCUGUCUUCGUGGCGGCACGCCUAGUCCUGGCUGAGCGUGUGCUGCUGCCACUGAGCUUUGUGCUCCCGCUUUGGGGCACCUUCCUGCUUCUGCUGGGCUUGCUGUUCUUGGAGCAGUUUGUGCGGGUGGGCCUUCUAGCAGUCACCAAGUGGCUUCUCAUUGGCCGUUACAAGGAGGGAGAGCACGAUAUUUACAGCUUGAUGUACUUGCGGCAUUGGCUCGUAGAGCACAUGGCGAAGGGCACAAUCGUGGGCCAGAAUGCGCAUCAGGGCAGCAGCAUCGCCUUCCUCUUUAUGCGCAACUUGGCGCUCAAAGCCCUUGGAGCCGAUGUGUCCCUCUCGUCCGUGAUCACAGCCCGCGUCGUGGCCUUCGACUUGGUGACUGUUGGCGACCUGGCGACUGUGCAUGGGCCAAGGCACCUGACAGCCGUGAACUACGGCGCCCGGCGCAUGGUUCUGAAGCGCGUCCAGGUCGGGGCUGGCGCCUAUGUCGGGCCCAACUGCACCCUAGAGCCAGGUUGUGAGGUGGCUGCUGCUGGUUACGUGGAGCCUUUGUCAACAGUAUCCAGUGGCAUGCUUGUGGACGGCCGCGUCUGCGGCGUGCCCGCCCAGCCAGUGGACGGGGCUGACACCGCCCGUGUCCCCACACCGGCUGAGGCCCGUCGCUUCCGCUGUGCCGCGGCGGCCUUCGCGACGGGCUACUGGCUGUUGCUGCUUCCGAAGGCCCUGGUGCCCUUUCUGGGCGUCUUCUUCCUUCAGCUGCUAAGCAGUGACUACCCCUUCAACAGGCCCGAGCAGGUGGAAGAGAAGGUGAUGCACAGCGAGCACAUGGAUGCGCUGCCCAGUCAGCUCUUCACGAUGUUUUGCUGGGUGCCACUGAUGGCCUUUGGAGUCUCUAUGAUCAACACCAUCUUCCAGCUGUUCGGGACCGCGCUUCUGUGCAGGGUACUGCCCAAGGUCAAGCCGCCGUGCACCUACCCGCUGGUGAGCAUCCGCGCCCAAAUUGCGGCCCUCAAGAUGUCGAUGGUGCUGCAGGCAUCGGAGAUGCUGGCUGAUGCGUCAAUCGUGCCGGCCUUCAUCCGCCUUUGCGGCGCCACUUUCGGGCACGGCUGCGCUAUGGGUCUGCAGGUGACGCUACCGGAAACCCUGGUCGUUGGCAAGGGCUGCUUCUUCGCCACUGGUAACAUCUUGACCUCCGUGGAUGUGGACCGAGGCCAGUUCAAGGUGCCGUGCAUCACCUACAUGAGUGACCACACCUUCCUGGGCAACCACAACCACCUGCCGCAAGGCCUUCCCGAGGGCAGCUUCUGCGGAGUGGGCACUUGGCUUCCAGAAAGACCCACAGAGCCGAACAUGAGCUAUUUUGGGAAUCCAGCGAUGAAGUUCAAGCGCCUCAGUAGCCAGGCUGGCAAGGUAAACCAGGGCCCAGAGCCCGCCAGCUGUUUAGCACGCUUCUGGCAUCACUUCAGCACCAGCAUCCUGGACGUCUUCCUGUAUCGGGGCGUGCAAGGCAUGGUGACGGCAGCUGCUUUCGUGACGAGCCGUGUGCUGGUGCCGGACAUCACUGGAGUUGGGCAAGCCUUUGAGGUGCUGGGCAUCUACAUUGCCUUUGCUCUCGGAUCGUGGUACGUCUUCUCCGUUCUCCUUGGCAAUCUGCUCUUCAAUGGCAGCGCCCCGCGCUCCAACGCCUACUACUCCACGACCGUGACCCGUUGGUUCACGGCCCUGACGGCGCAGCAGCGUGUCUUCAAGCUACCCUUCCAGACUGCUGGAAGCCGAUGGCAAGCGCCUAUCUUGCGGCUGCUGGGCGCCAAAGUAGGCAGGCGCUUCUUCUGCAUGAACGAGCUUGUCCUUGUGGAUGCGCCCUUCACGGAGAUCGGGGACGACGUGACCGUGGACUACGAUGGGCAGGUGAGAUGCCACUCCUUCGAGGACUUCCGCCUCAAGUUCACCCGCUACAAGAUUGGAAACGGCGUAACCAUCAUGAGCGGCGCCAGUGUUGCCAUGUGCGAUGCUGGGGAUGGCGCGGUCCUCCGCCCAGGAAGCCUCACAUGGAAAGGCAGCAACCUGGUGCCAGGGGGCAUCUACGAAGGUGCGCCAGCUGCAGCAGUGGAUGACUUAGAGCGCGCGCUUCCAGGUCCCACAUUGUUGAAGACCCGGCCAGCAGCACGCAGUCCGAAAUGA